AUGCUCAACAUCCCCGCGAAGGACUCUUUCACCGCUUCGCCGACAACGACGCCGGGAAACACGCCGGGAAAUACGCCGCGAAGCACGCGCGCGCAGGAGACGGAGGAGGCGAGCGAACUUGUGGCCGUGGGUCACUCGUACGCCGUGAUGUGCAAAAAAGGGCGGCGCGAGUUCAUGGAGGAUGCUUACCAGGCCAUCCCGCAGUUCGGCACGUCUCCCGGAAAUGCCUUCUUCGGCGUGUUCGACGGCCACGGUGGCACCAUGGCGGCGCGAUUCGCGGCGGGCAACAUCGCGGGGAACGUUCUGAAAGCGGCGCAACAAGGCGCCGAGAGCCCGGAAGCGGCUCUGGUGGAAGGCUUUAAGGAGACCGAUAAACAGUUUCUUCAACAGAACCUGGGCAGCGGUUCGGCUGUGGUGACGUGCUGGGCUGCCCCUGGUUCGAUCCACGUGGCACAUGCAGGCGACUGUCGCGCCGUGCUCUGCCGAAAGGGCGCUGCCAGUGUUCUGACGUCAGAUCACAAGGCGUCUCGGGAAGACGAGCGAGACAGAAUCGAGAACCUGGGAGGUCACGUGGAUAAUUUCACGGGCACAUGGCGCGUGCAGGGAGUGCUGGCUGUUACUCGAGGCCUUGGCGAUGCUAACUAUAAGGAGUACAUCACCCCGGAACCAGAAGUGGUUCAUGUACCCGUUACGAGAGACUGCGAUUUUCUAAUUAUGGCAUCAGAUGGACUCUGGGAUGUGGUGACCAAUCAAGAAGCUGUCGACAUUGCCCGAUCUUGCCUCGAGGCCGAAAUCAAGGCGUUCAAGCGAAACAACCCACCCUCCGCCAAAACAAGAGAAUCAUCUCUUUCCACCAUCCCCUCCUUCUCCUCCACCUCCACCGAAUCCUCGUCUCUCACUCUCAACUCCGACGGCAAAGAAUCCGCAUCGGACGAUGGCCUCACAACACCUUCCCCGGACGCCGAUUCCAACGCCAAGCUCAACCCAUUUGCCCUAAAAACACCCCGAGAGCGUACCAGCAGCGUUUUUGCUGUCGGGAGUCUGAAACAGGUUACUGAAUCUGCCCAAGAAGGGGACAACCAGGGUCCCGAUAUCACUAGGUGCACUUCAACCGAGGAUUCUGAUGUGUCAUCCAGCAGUGAAGACUGCGGGAAUGACGUCAGCGAGGGCAGCGAGGAAGGUGAUGGCAGCGAGGGGAGUGAAUCGGAGGAGAGCGGAGAGGCGGAAGCUGGUUCGGGAGCCAAGGCGCAGGGGACCGAAGAGUCGGUGAAGUCUGCGCUGCUGCUGGCGUGUCAAAAGCUGGUGGAAGCUGCUGGGAAGCGAGGCAGCUAUGAUGACACGAGUGUCAUGGUCAUCUCGUUGGCACACUACAUGCUCUAA